AUGAAUUUGGUCUUUCAAUUGCUGGAAACUAAGAGCCAGUAUGGUAUAUGCAUUGCUGCUACAAAGGUAGGUAUACAACCGCGUUGGCGGUAAACAUGGGGAAAAGUCAAACAAAAAUCUGCAUGUGCAAAAUAGAGCAAAUGUCCAUUCUCUUUAUGAAAAUCUUAAUCGAAUAACACUCCUGCUCUGAAGCAUGCUGUGCUCACGUCACCACAAUUUAAUGCCGUCACAUUUUUUCCCAUCCUUCCGGUCAUUUCGAGCAGACGUUUCCUCCCUUUUUCAAACAUGUCUUUUUAUUUUUUGAAAAGAAAAUAUGGCCAAGUGGCCUACACAUAAAAUGCAUUUUUCUCUCUUGCAAACGUUGAGAGAAAGGCAAAGGGCAAAAAGAUUGAGCUAAAUUCGCUUUUUACCAAUAUUUUAUGGGAAUUUGGGUUUUUCGCGGGGACUUUUUUUGUGACUGCGCAAUAUUUGAAGCUUUUUUGGAGGAAACAUGUGUGUGUCCAGAAUUCGUGAGCUUAAAAACCAAGUGUUAGGCUUAAAAGAGCAACUGAACUCGCUUGUUCGACUAUGUGGCAAACUCUUAAAAUUUUGUACAUUUUUGAUUGAUAUGUGGCUUCCAGCGUUUUUCUAAAGCUAAUUUAACUAAAUUUCCACCAUUUGCUUUGAAAAUUGAGUGAUUUUAAUUAUUAUUCAUCAACUGAUAUUUUGAAAACAGCAAUUUUGGGUCGCCACUGGGUUUUUCAGUACGAAAAGUUAAACACCUAACAAGUCGCUGGACUGGGGAUCCCGAAAACGUAUUUUUGUUAAUUUUGUUUCAUUAUUAUAUGCAAAAAACCCUUUCCGUUUUUCUGAGCAAAUGUGUACAGCUCCGACAUUUUUCUCUGGUCCCGAUCGAAAGACGUUCACUAAAACUUAUCUCUUUCCGCAAGGCUUGUUACAUCACUUCCCCCAUGCGUUAUUACAGAAAUUUUGCAAUAAAUUGAAAACAUCUCGCCGCGUUUUUUGAUCUUUCCCUUCCUCGCCAAAUUUCUUAUGGUUCGUUUUUCUACUAUUGACUCACUUCCACAUCUGACUUUCUGAUCAUCAUGUUCGAUUUUUUCCUUAUCACCUUAUCUCACCGUACUAUUCUUGCAAUGUGCAGGUAGUGUUUACCCAGUGUUGUUGUCAAUCAAAGGUUUUUGAUGAUCUUAUAGCUGCUUAUACGCAUCUUCGCUGUCAGGCCAAGAAAGUUUUAUUUAACAGUGGAAGUACCGCAAGUUCAGCGCUCAGGUUUUCUUUAAGUUUUGAAUACAUCUCGGGCAUAGGAAAUAAAUUAAAAUCUCAAAGUUUUAGCUAGCGUUUUAGAGAGCAGGCCGAGAUAUUCAACGAUCUUUACGCCCGAGAAACGCGGAGAGCGGUCACAGAGAAAUUUGCAGGUAACUUUUCGUGCCAAAAUUCGCAGAAAAGUGUUAUCUUUUUGCCAACUUUCGAUCUAAAAAUCUCUGUCGUUUCUGCAAAACGCGAGCCAGGAGUCUCGUUUGUCCUUACAAAAAUUAUAAAAAUUUUUGCCAAGUGUUACAAAAUCUUCAUACCGCACUUUGGGCACUUCCCCUGUAAGUUUUACAGCGGUUUGAUCUUCGAAGUUUGGUCAAAAUUUCCAGCAUUUUUUCUCUUAUGUUUAUAAAACGUCUUUAACCACGCGAUUCAAUAAUUUCUUCCCGACAAAAAAAUGAUUUGCUGAACGCUCGAGGUUCCGUUGAAUCUCUGAUUCUUUCGUCUGAUUUUUCAGGCAAGCGGACUAGGAAGGUUUAUUUUGCAAAUUGCUUGGGAAGCAAUGGGCCAAAAUUUGUGAAAACUGGAUGUUUUUACUUUACAACCUAUCUUUUUCUUUGCCGCGCCGUAUUUGUUGCAUUCUCGCCCUUGCGUUUCUUUGACAUCAAAAUCUUUCCCAAAAAUUUUUUUUCAGGGUUUCUCUACCGAGUUCCCAAAUUACAUCCCGAUGGGAUCGGUGGAAAAGAUCCCGGAAGAAGAGCUGCUGGAGAAUGGGGAAAUUGAUGAGAAAAGAGUUAGCUCACCGAUUGAUGAGAGUUUCUUCCCCAAGAAUUUGACUAUAUCAACCUCUGGAAGAGUAAAGAAAGUGUCGGCAUCAGUAAGGAAAAUUUUGGGCUUUUUUUAUUUAUUUUUUUAUUUUUUGAGAAGUUUACUUUUGAACUAUUUAUAAAUUAAAAAAAACGAAUUUUGUAAAAUAAGAUUUUAAUUUUUUUAGCAUUUGCAUCAAAUUCACUUGAUAAACCAACAAGGCCGGAGGCGCCUCUCGUCAAUUCACGAAAGCGCCAAUGAAAAUAAAGUAUUGGUUCUGUACACGGGCGGAACGAUCGGAAUGCGGACCAAAGACGGAGGUAAGAUUUUAUUCUUUCUCUCUGCUGCUAAAAUCGCAAAUUUACUUGGAUUCUGUUUAGUCUACUCACCGGAGCCGCACUUCCUUCCCAGCGCAAUACGAGCCCUCCCGCCGCUGAACGACGUCGAGUACGUGGAAAAACAUUACGAUAAAGCUGAGGUGAAGCCGUAUUGUUUGCCGCCGGUCAAGGGAUUCAACGAACGGGUUAUUUAUUGGGUAAGUUUAUGCGUAGUUCUUGUCGAUAGCCCUUGGACACGUCUUGCAACUAUUGAUAGCUUUGCUUUGUCUAAGCAUUCUUUUAUUCAGGUUGUCGAAUACGAGCCUCUUUUGGACAGCAGUGACAUGACAUUUGACGAUUGGAUUCGAAUUGCUCAUGACAUAAAAAAGUCCUAUCAACAUUACGACGGGUUUGUGGUGCUCCAUGGAACAGACACUCUAGCCUACACGGCUUGCGCUCUCUCCUUCAUGAUGGAGCAGUUGGGAAAACCGGUGGUCGUUACGGGCAGUCAGGUAUACAUUAUUCUUCGAUCAAAGUGGGAUUUUUUUGGAAAGCCUGGAUACAGCUACUUUUGAAUCGCGUUGUUUACGGCUUGGGAAACGAAAUGUCCAAAAAAAUUGUUAGUCUACUGUACAAAAACAAUCCCGAGAGAGCGAAGAACCUCUCUAUGGACAAUAAUCUCUAUACCAAAAGGAAUAAACUGCUAAGAGCAGAACUUAGAGCACGAAACUCCAAGCCCAAAGGAAGGCGAGGGAUCACAGCAAGGCUGGGGCUCAGGACCUCAGCCGUGAUUCGGUCCGAACGGUGCACCUGACGAAUUGUGCACCUGGCUGAACGGUGCACCUGGGCGAAUUGUGCACCUGGGUGAACAGUGUACCUGAUAUUUUCUGUUUUGAACAGUGCACCUAGGCGAACAGUGCACCUUGAAAUAAGUUUCUUUGUGUAUAAUUGAAGAAAAUUUGAAAGGUUUUCGCUUCGGGACAGGGAAAAGUUAAUUUUUUGGAAAAUUUUAACAAAAUUUAAAAAGUUUUCGCUUCGAGACAGGAAAAAAGAAUUUUUCGGAAUAUUUGAACAAAGUUUGAAAGGUUUUUGCUUCGCGACAAAGAAAAAUAUUUUUUUUGCAAAAUUUUUAAAAAAUUUGAAAGGUUUUUACGAAAAAAGAUUUUCGUAAAAAUUGAAUUUUAGCACAAAACAAAUUUUUUUUAUUGGUAAAAACAUGGUCCAAAAGACACUUGCAUGGUGUCACAAAAAAACUUCUGAGGACAAAAACAUGUCAUUAAACCAAAAUUAGGCAACUAAUUUUUACGUAUUCUGAAUCAGAAAAUUUUUGCAAAUUUUUUUGAUAUAUCUCGACCUGUAACUCCAGACCCCAUAGAAGUAGUUUCAUUGCGAGAAAAAAACAGCUUACCUUGAUCCCCUUGUCAUAUUUAGUUCUUCACAAAAAAAAUUGGUAAAAACGGCUUACCUUGAUCCCCCUUGUCAUAUUUAUCUUUUCACAUACAAAAAAAUGUUUUUUCCCUUUCCCGAAGCGAAAACUUUUCAAAUUCUUUUCAACUAUUCACAAAAAAUUCUUUUUUCCUUGUCCCGAAGCGAAAACAUUUCAAAUUUUUUUAAAUUAUUCACAAAAAGUUAUUUUUUCCCUGUCUCAAAGCGAAAACAUUUCAAAUUUUGUUCAAUUGUUCAUAAAAAAUCUUUUUUUCAAGGUGCACUGUUCGCCCAGGUGCACCGUUCGCCCAGGUGCACUGUUCAAAAUGUGUCAGGUGAACCGUUCGCUCAGGUGCACGGUUCGCCCAGGUGCACUGUUUGUUUCAGGUGCACUGUUCGGACACAACCCUCAGCCAUGAUGUCUCCAAUUGAAUAAAAAUGCUUUAUUUCCAAAGCAAACCAAAAAUAACAACAAUUGGGGGCGAAACCCCGAUGAGAGAAAAGAGAGGAGCCAUGGGCUCUACUCGUCCAUGGGGACGCCAUCAUCGUCGAAUUCGAUUCGACGGGGACGAUUCGGGGCGACUGCAGGCUGAGCAGAAUUGAUCCGAGACCUCAGCCAUGAUAAGUCUCCAAUUGAAUAAAAGCUUUAUUUUCAAAGCAAACCAAAAAUAUAACAAUUGGGGGCGAAACCCCGAGAAGAGAAAUUGGAGGGCGCUACUCCUCCAUGGGGGCGCCUUCCUCAUCGAAGCGGAUUCGGCGAUUCGGGGCGACGCGGGCUGGACGGCUGGCUGAAGCGGCUGGUCGGGCUGGACGGCCGGCGGAGCAGGCUGGGCAGGGAGCCGGCCCAACACCUGCUCCACAAUAUUGCGGAGGUCGCCCACCUGGGCCACGAGUUCCCUCAAGAGGGCGCCCUGGUCCAGGUGGGCUGGCCUGGCAGGGGGGCCGCCAAGGCGUCGCUCCAGCUGAUGGCACCAGUGCCUCAAAGUAGGCAGCGCUUGGCUGCCUACUGAGCCACUGGAUCCAGCAGCCGGAACAGUGACGGCCCCGCGAAAGACGGCAUACUCGCUGGCCGUGAUCGUGGCCCUGAUAGACUCACGAUGACGGCCAGCGCGUACACCCCUUCCGCGGCCUCACAGAUUCGUUGACUCGAGGAAUCGAGUGAAGACUGAGCAACGUCCCCGCCUUUUAUAGAUUCCGCCUCUGUUUUUAAGCUGGGGUAACUGCGCGUCUCUGGCGCCUUCCGGUCUCUCCUUUCCCAUGCUUUCUCAACAAAAUGUCGGUAACAGGCGAGAAAGAGGGGGAAAUGAGUAUACGAUGAAAAUUUUUUUCAAAUUGAAAAAAAUAAUGUGUGACAUCUUAUACGAUGAAAUUUUUUUUCAAAUUGAAAAGAAUAAGGUGUGACAUCUUAUACGAUGAAAUUUUUUUCAAAUUGAAAAGAAUAAGGUGUGAUAUCUUAUACGAUGAAAUUUUUUUUCAAAUUGAAAAGAAUAAGGUGUGACAUCUUAUACGAUGAAAUUUUUUUUCAAAUUGAAAAGAACAAGAUGUGACAUCUUAUACGAUGAAAUUUUUUUCAAAUUGAAAAGAAUAAGGUGUGAUAUCUUAUACGAUGAAAUUUUUUUUCAAAUUGAAAAGAAUAAGGUGUGACAUCUUAUACGAUGAAAUUUUUUUUCAAAUUGAAAAGAAUAAGGUGUGACAUCUUAUACGAUGAAUUUUUUUUUCAAAUUGAAAAGAAUAAGGUAUGACAUCUUAUACAAUGAAAUUUUUUUUCAAAUUGAAAAGAAUAAGGUGUGACAUCUUAUACGAUGAAUUUUUUUUUCAAAUUGAAAAGAAUAAGGUGUGACAUCUUAUACGAUGAAAUUUUUUUUCAAAUUGAAAAGAAUAAGGUGUGACAUCUUAUACGAUGAAAUUUUUUUUCAAAUUGAAAAAAUAAGGUGUGACAUCUUAUACGAUGAAAUUUUUUUUCAAAUUGGAAAGAAUAAGGUGUGACAUCUUAUACGAUGAAUUUUUUUUUCAAAUUGAAAAGAAUAAGGUGUGACAUCUUAUACGAUGAAUUUUUUUUUCAAAUUGAAAAGAAUAAGGUGUGACAUCUUAUACGAUGAAAUUUUUUUUCAAAUUGAAAAGAAUAAGGUGUGACAUCUUAUACGAUGAAAUUUUUUUUCAAAUUGAAAAGAAUAAGGUGUGACAUCUUAUACGAUGAAAUUUUUUUUUCAAAUUGAAAAGAAUAAGGUGUGACAUCUUAUACGAUGAAAUUUUUUUUUCAAAUUGAAAAAAAUAAGGUGUGACAUCUUAUACGAUGAAAUUUUUUUUCAAAUUGGAAAGAAUAAGGUGUGACAUCUUAUACGAUGAAUUUUUUUUCAAAUUGAAAAGAAUAAGGUGUGACAUCUUAUACGAUGAAUUUUUUUUUCAAAUUGAAAAGAAUAAGGUGUGACAUCUUAUACGAUGAAAUUUUUUUCAAAUUGAAAAGAAUAAGGUGUGACAUCUUAUACGAUGAAAUUUUUUUUCAAAUUGAAAAGAAUAAGGUGUGACAUCUUAUACGAUGAAUUUUUUUUCAAAUUGAAAAGAAUAAGGUAUGACAUCUUAUACGAUGAAAUUUUUUUUCAAAUUGAAGAGAAUAAGGUAUGACAUCUUAUACGAUGAAAUUUUUUUUCAAAUUGAAAAGAAUAAGGUGUGACAUCUUAUACGUUGAAUUUUUUUUCAGAUUGAAAAGAGUAAGGUGUGACAUCCUAUACGAUGAAAUUUUUUUUUCAAAUUGAAAAGAAUAAGGUGUGACAUCUUAUACGUUGAAUUUUUUUUUCAGAUUGAAAAGAGUAAGGUGUGACAUCCUAUACGAUGAAAUUUUUUUUUCAAAUUGAAAAGAAUAAGGUGUGACAUCUUAUACGAUGAAAAUUUUUUUCAAUUUGAAAAAUUGAGAAAUUUUUCAAAUUGAGAGCUUAGCACAUGUCGACGGUCAUUUUCAUUAUGUCCGGGGUUCAUUGCUGGCGCAGCGAACCAAAAAUCGGCUUUUAAGACGUAGUAAUAUAAUACAUGUAGUAUACCUAAUAUACAGGGUCUUACAAACAACGUGAAGGAAAGUGGAAGUCUAUAACUUCCGGCGGAGGCGGCGCAGAGACUUCGUAUUUGAAAUAUGUAUUUUUAAAAGACGUAAGUUUUUAUCUACGAAAUAACAAGCUUUUAUAGUGCAAACUGAGGUCGCUACGACCUUGUGAAGUAGAGGCAUCUCUACCCCGAAAACCAGGUUUUUUCGGUUGAAAAUGAUCGAGAAAUUUCGGACUCUUUCGGUUGAAAAUCACCAGGAAAUGUCGGAUUUUUUGGGGAUUUCUUGAUAUAGUCUUUAAGAAAACGUCGAAAAAAUUGCAAGUGUUGGCAUUUUCCUCCUCUUUUUCAACAUCACCCAUAUCGAAACCCCCUAAAAAAUCUGACAUUUCCUGGUGAUUUUCAACCGAAAAAGUUCGAAAUUUCUCGACCAUUUUCAACUGAAAAAACCUGGGGCUUGUCCCACUAACAAAGCGUAGCGCGAAUCACGAAUUGGAAGCGCGAAAAAUCAUGCAAAAGCGAGAGAGGUGAGAGAAAAAGCGGGCUCUCUCGGAAAUCCGCGCUACGGUUUUUUUGUGCAAAAUACCGAAAAUUUUUUACUUUUUUUGCCGUAACUCCUUUCAAUGAUGUCCGAUUUACAUGAUUUUAAAAACCGUGAACAAAGGAGACCCACAGCUUCUAGAAAAUGUAAAUUUUGUUUGCUUUAACGCGGAUUAAGGCUCCCCGCCAAGACGAAUUACAAUUCCCUCAUAGAGAAUCAUGAUUCGAAGUCAUAUUUUCAAAAAAAACUUAUCAUUAGCUAUUUAUCGUAACUUCCACAGCUCAUAUGCGAAUUUAUCAACCCGAGCUGCCCCACCCAAGCCCAAUUUUUGGUCUUCCCUUGCCAUAUGAAAACAACUUUUUUGUUAUAAAACGAAUUAUGACAAGGGGUGACUAAAAUUGGGUGUAAGAGGGGUAGUAUGGCUUGAAUAGUUUGUUUCAACGUCUCUGAGGAAUGAGUGGAGAAUUUAUCUAUAAUUUUUUUUCCAAAACAAACCUUUUUGUCACCGAGCAAAUUAUGACAAGAGGAGACCAAACAUUGGGCUUGGGAGGGGCAACCGGGUUGAUAAAUUCGCAUAUGAGCUGUGGAAGUUACGAUAAAUAGCUAAUGAUAAGUUUUUUUUGAAAAUAUGACUUCGAAUCAUGAUUCUCUAUGAGGGAAUUGUAAUUCGUCUUGGCGGGGAGCCUUAAUCCGCGUUAAAGCAAACAAAAUUUACAUUUUCUAGAAGCUGUGGGUCUCCUUUGUUCACGGUUUUUAAAAUCAUGUAAAUCGGACAUCAUUGAAAGGAGUUACGGCAAAAAAAGUAAAAAAUUUUCGGUAUUUUGCACAAAAAAACCGUAGCGCGGAUUUCCGAGAGAGCCCGCUUUUUCUCUCACCUCUCUCGCUUUUGCAUGAUUUUUCGCGCUUCCAAUUCGUGAUUCGCGCUACGCUUUGUUAGUGGGACAGGCCCCUGGUUUUCGGGGUAGAGAUGCCUCUACUUCAGAAGGUCGUAGCGACCUCAGUUUGCACUUUAAGAGCUUGUUAUUUCGUAGACAAAAACUUGUGUCUUUUAAAAAUUCAUAUUUCAAAUACGAACUCUCUGCGCCGCCUCCGCCGGAAGUUAUAGCCUUCUACUUUCCUUCACGUUUUUUGUAAGACCCUGUAAAAUAUAAAAGCAAAAAUGUUUUGAUGAGACCAAAUAUUUGGUUGCAGAUUCCAGUGGCCGAAGUUCGUUCCGACGGACGAGAAAAUUUGAUUGGCGCGCUGAUUGUUGCCGGUCAUUUGGAUAUUCCUGAAGUCUGCGUCUACUUUAACAAUAAAUUGUUGAGAGGAAAUCGGACAACAAAAUUGGAUAAUUGGGGACUUGAUGCAUUCAUUUCGCCGAAUAACAGCCCACUGGCUGUGAUGGACAUAUCAAUAGGCGGUAGGGUUAUUUUUUGGGAAAUUUGGUCCUGGAAGACUUUUUUGCUUGUAAUUUGGGAAAUAAUCGACCAAAAUUAUGUUUUUCGAAAACUUUUGGUCAGCUACGCCUCUGAUUAUGUAUCAUGACCAAAAAGUUGGUACUUCCCAUGUCAACUAUUUUCCAAGUUAUCAGCAAAAAACCUUAGUGAUCCGGCUGACAAUGAGCGUUUUAUAUAGCAACUUCAAACUCUAAAUAACAAAAAAUGCUUUCAGUAAAUUGGGAGAAUAUUUUCCGAUCCAAUCAAAUUGCCCCAUUCAAUGUUUGUGACCAAUUAUGCCGAAAUGUCGGGAUCCUGCGGAUAUUUCCGUCGAUUCCCAUCGAAUCCGUCCGAGCGGUGUUCCGCCCACCCACCCAAGGAGUUGUCAUUCAAGCCUAUGGAAGUGGGAACAUCCCAUUGCGGCGGCUGGACAUUAUCGAAGAGAUUACGAACGCGGUGAAUCGGGGAUGUUUGGUGUUGAAUGUGUCGCAAUGCCUGAAGGGGAAAGUGAACACAAGUUAUGCAACAGGAGCGGUAGGUGGUGUUGUUGAAAAGAAACUAUGGUGUUGCAAAAGUUACUGUUGUUUUGCAACAGGUUUUUUUUAUUUUUUUUUAAUAUUGCUCAAAGACCGAUGCUUUUAUUUUGAAAAAUUUUGCGCAUGUAUUCUCUCUAACUCACAUCAAUUCUGUAAAACUUUAUGUCUUGCUUUGCGGAGGCAGCAGAGACUUAACGAUCUUUCCCCCGAGAAUACGCUACACGGGAAAUACCCCUAGUGCGACGCUCAGAUUUUCUUUAAAUUUUGCACACUUGUCGGGCAUGGACUAAAUAUCAAUUCCUGAAAGUUUUAGCUCGCGUUUUGCAAGCGCCGCCGGGAUAGUGAACGACAUUUGCCGCCGAGAGAGUACGCCAAACGCGGAGAGCGGUCAGAUGAAAAACACUUUUUAGCCAUAACUUUGCUUGGUGCAGAAAAAAUUGAUUUUUUGUGGAAACAUUACCCUCUAUGGCAGAAAUAGGCAUAAAAACUUUUUGUGCCGAGAUUCAGCACAAAGUGUCAAAAUUACACCAACUUUCAAUCUAAAGAUCUCUGGUGUUUUUGCAUAGCGCGAGCUAGGAUUCUCGCAUAUAUUUUAGAUAAAAUUAUUCUAAAUUUGUACCACGUUUCAUCAAAAUCUGAGCGUCGCGCUUGGGGUACUUCCCCUGCAAAUGCAGAGAGAGGCCGGAGAAGAAAUGUUUUUUCCGCAAUACCUUGUCGGAUUUCAUGUGGAAAUUUUCAAACCAAAAAGGUCCUGAUAAACCUGAAAAUUCGCAAAAAUCGUUUUUUUCCCUUAAUGUUAUCACAAAAACAGCUGAAUAAAAAUUUGUAGAUACAGGGCAAUUUCGACACGUUGUUAUUUGACUUUCAAUGCUCCGUUUUCAGGUCCUGACCAAGGCUGGUGUUAUCUCCGGUUCCGAUAUGACAACUGAGGCGGCAUUGACCAAAUUGGCGUAUGUUCUCGGAUGCGAGUCAUCCAUGGAAGAGAAGAAAUUGAUGCUCAUGCAGAAUCUACGCGGAGAGUUGACUAUUCAACAGCCCACAGCGCUGAAUGAGCUGGAUAUUAGUAAGUUCCAUUGGAAAAGAAUGACCGCUACUCAUUUCGGGAAAAUUUUCUGUCAGAAAAAUUGAAUGCUUUGUUUGGAAUUAACCAAAUAGGUGGCCAAGAGCGUGAUUGGGCUGAAAGGUUGAGCCUGAACUCUACUCCUUUUCUAAACUUUCCCCCAAUCUGAACUCUACCCCUUUUUCAACUCUACCCUAAAAAAAGGCUGAACUCUACCCCUUUUUUGAUUUUCGCCAAAAAAUCUGAACUCUCCCCCUUUUUGAACACUCCCCCAUUUUGAAAAUUGAAAAAACGAGGUGUGACAUGUUAUACUAUGGAAAUUUUUUUCAAAUUGAAAAAAAACGAGGUGUGACAUGUUAUACGAUGAAUUUUUUUUUCAAAUUGAAGGUGUGACAUCUUAUUUUUUUCAAUUUGAAAAAAAUUUUCAUCGUAUAAGAUGUCACACCUUAUUCUUUUCAAUUUGAAAAAAAUUUCCAUCGUAUAAGAUGUCACACUUUAUUCUUUUCAAUUUGAAAAAAAUUUUCAUCGUAUAAGACGUCACACCUAAUUUUUGUCAAUUUGAAAAAAAUUUUCAUCGUAUAAGAUGUCACACCUCAUUUUUUCAAUUUUCAAAAUGAGGGGGAGUGUUCAAAAAGGGGGAGGGUUCAUUCAAGGGGUAGAGUUGAAAAAGGGGUAGAGUUCUGAAGGGGUAAAGUUCAAAAAGGGGUAGAGUUGAAAAAGGGGUAGAGUUCUGAAGGGGUAAAGUUCAAAAAGAGGUAGAGUUGAAAAAGGGGUAGAGUUCUGCCGCAACGGGGCUGAAAAUCUCAAAAACAGGGUCCGUCAUUGAAGAAAAUUCUAACGAAUUCUAUUUCCAGUUCCCCGACUUGCCAAAUAUCUUCAACUGACCUCAUCGCACGAACAAAACAUCCUGAAAGAAGCCUUAUUAACACCCUUGGUAUCGCAUGCCGCGCACACAAACGACACCCGACUAUUGGAGUCGCUGAGACUGAGCGGAGCCAACUUUGCGAACACCGAUUACAAUCGAAGGAAUGCUCUGCAUGUUGCUGCAGCCAGCGCGAAUUUGGAGAGCGUCCAAUAUCUUUUGCAACAUGGAGUGUCGGUGCAUGUUCGGUAAGAGUCUUCCACGUCUGUCAUCCCUGUAUUUUUCAGCGACGCCAAUCACGAAAACGCGCUUCAAGCGGCAAUUCAGACCAAGAAUUUGGAGGUUAUCAAAGCACUGCGGGCGGCGGGAGCUCAUUUGUCCGCUCAUAGUGUGCGUGUUGGAACGGAGCUUUGCUUGACCGCCAGUCAAGAGGACAUUGACGGUUUGAGGGCUUGGCUAGCCGCUGGCGCCUCACCGAAUGAAGUUGAUUAUGACGGACGGACCGCUUUGCAUGUGGUAGGUGGAGGCUUUGACUAUGUUUUUUGCAGUGGUCCGGGAAGAUUUAUUUCGCUGAUUAAAAAUUUGUGGGCCACAAAAAAGAGCCCUGUAGCUAUAAGAAUGUAAUUCUAGAAAAUUUUGAUCCAUUAUUUCUCAAAUUAUUAGCGAAAUAAACCUUCCAGGUCCAAUUGGCCCUUUCUUACAGGGGAAGUACUCCAAGCGAGACGCUCAGAUUUUGAUGGCACAAAUUUAGAAUAAUUUUUUCUGAGAUAUAUGCGAGAAUCCUAGCUCGCGCUUUGCAGAAACAACCGAGAUUUUUAGAUCGAAAGUCGGCGAAAAUUUAGGACUUUUUGCCGAAUUUCGGCACGAAAAGUUUCAUGCCUAUUUCAACCGUAAAAGAUAAUGUUUCUACAAAAAAUCAAAUUUUUCCGCGCGAAACUGCCAAAGUUAUGGCCGAAAAGCGCUUUUCUCUCUGACCGCUCUCCACGUUUAGCGUGCUCUCUCGGCGGCAAAAAUCGUUCGAUAUCUCAGCGGCGCCCGCAAAGCGCAAGCUAAAACUUUCAGGAAUUGAUAUUUAGUCCAUACCCGACGUGUGUGCAAAAUUUAAAGAAAAUCUGAGCGUCGCACUUGGAGUACUUCCCCUGUUAAUUUGAAGACAAGUUGAAAUAAAAUUAAUGUUAAUAAAAUUGAUUUUAAGGCAGUUCAUCGGAACUUGGAGAAAGUAGUCGUGUUCCUCUGUGAGAACGGCGCCGAUCCCACGGUAUUCGACAACCAAGGACGCCGGCCAAUCGACGAGGCUCAAAAUAUUGCUGUCAAGGAGCUGCUCAACGAAACAGCCACUCGAAUCCACUCAAACGGAGCAAAUCCAUGUUGUUAA